AUUUGGUCUGCUUCUUUCUUUCAGUGUUUGCAUCAAUCAACAUACUCUGCGGUAAGGGAAUUCUGCGGCUGACUACAUGGCUUCAAUAGGACCUGGAUUACCAAUGGGCACAACUCUUUUUGCAGAACCUCCCGCUGGUGGCCCCAAAAGUUAUGCAGAGAGACCUUCUCCUUCCUUCCGUCUUCUCCAUGAAUCAGAACAACCAAGCGUGAUAACAGCACCUGUAAAAGCCAAGCCAAAGCUAGAGCCCCGCGCAGAGAGGAACGAGGCAUCUCUGUCGGAUUUUUCCUUUGAAAUCGCAAAGAUCGCCGUCGCACACGUCUGCAAACCCGUAGAUCAGCAGUCUCGAUCUCAAACACUCACCAACGCCGUCCACGACCUCUCCGCCGUUCUGGGAGGAUUCAUCGGGGCCUCCGCUCUACAUACCGACAAUUCCUCGUUGAAAUCCAGUGUCUUGAAAGAUUUAUCGGAUUUUUGGACAAAGGCGGCUGGCGGGUCUGUUGAGGAAAGAAACGGCAGUAAUGGUGGUAAAUUGGUGAAGGAUAGAGCAAGAGUGAAGUUCAGGAUUGAAGGAUAGACUUCAGAAUCCACAGAAAAUAAAAUUCUAAAAUUUGA